AUGACAUCAGAGAUUGAAAAAUCGCGGACUGAGAACCAGAAACUUGUUAAGAAUUUUACGGAAGAAGAGGACGAAGAAAUUGAUGUCGUCGACGAAACAGACUCUAUAAACGACUCCACGGAAACCCCAGAAUCUCCAACUGCGGAUGAUGAUGACACAGACGAGGUCUCCGCAGCGAAGAAACAGCGCCGGAACCGCACGACGUUCACCUCGGACCAGCUCCGGGAGUUAGAGGCGGUGUUCCAACACACCCACUACCCGGACUGUACGCUCCGGGAACAGAUCGCUGAAAAGGUGGAUCUAACAGAGGCCAGAGUGCAGGUUUGGUUUCAAAACAGACGAGCAAAAUGGAGGAAACAGGAGAAAAACAUCGUCAGGAUGUUUGAUGUCUUCCGACACCGGAUUGACCCGUUUCCCAUCAUGCCCCACCCUCUGUCUUACAGCCCUUCAGCAUUUUCCUCCGUCCGUCCAUCUCUGUUUCCAUGGUUACCCCGGCUUCCUCUCUCCAUGCCACCGAUGUUUCCCAUUUCUCCACUUUUACCGGUCAGACCUUCUUAUAAAGGUGACACGCCUGCGGGACCACUAAGCAAACACAGCAGUGACUCCAUGAAGUAUUACAACUCGUACGCAAGAGACUAUCUACAGAAGUUCUCGUCCGAAAAUAGGGACAAGUACGAAAGAGAGGGCAAAGAUCGCCUGAGGUUAAAACAUUUCAUCUAUAGUACAGAGUCGCCAUCUUGUGGUGGUUUCCCGUCUUAUGAUUAGUCAUGUGAUCAAAACAUGUCCGCUCUCAGGAAAAAUGGAGUGGGUGUUUUCUUUAUAUAUGAUCACACGAUGCUCCAGAAAGAGGAAGAUGACCUCAAAGAUGCAAUUCUCUACUUUUAUCCCCCAUUUGUGGAGGAGAAUGACCAGUGUGCCAUGUGUGGUCAGUUGAUGGGAAUGUCUGAGUUCCUGUCCACCACCCUCAGUCAAUCACCCCCAUGUAUCUUUGCUCUAAAGCGUGGAAAGUACUGCCUGAAGAGAAUUGGAGAUUAUAGUUUAGGACUAGAAGGAAAUCAGGUGGAUUCCAAUGACCAGUUAAAACAGCAGCUGGAUUUCCUGUACAAUGCUUUUGUCCUGUAUUGUGGAAGUAUAGUAAAUAUCAGAAAUCAGUAUCUUGGUAACCACCAGGGGUUUUUACGAGAGCUGCGGGGUAUCUGGGACAUACUGUAUCCCUGUGGCUCGUGGCAUGACAGUUUUCUUACACAAGCAUUCCAGAUCCAGCCAUCCCUAAACAUUCCUAAGGGUAGAGGAGAACUUUUCCUUCAAGCUUCACACAUUUUACAGUCUAGUCAGAGAAGACCAGGGGUCCUGGUGGGACUUGUCAUGUACAAAAAUAGAGUUUUGUGUACUCAAGCAUCACCUGAGCUGAGUAGGAAGUUAAUACUUGUAACACCACAGCUUCCCUGUCUGUCUGUCAAUACAGGGGUGGAUCUUCCCGUGGGAAUUAGACUAGUUACCAUAUUUUUGACAAAUGAGGAAUUUUCUACAGUUGGACUCAAGAAACAUGCUGGGAACAGGCACUGUAAAACUUCUAAGUUUGUAUGGACUACUUAUAAAUCUGAAAGCCAUCAAUCAGCAAGAACUCAGAGCAGGGGAGAGAACUCAAAACGAAAAGAAAUGGAAAUGAUUCCUGAAAAAUUAGAAUCCAUUUCAGUGAGUGAGAAAGACAAGGGAUAUCUCUCUGAUACUUCUGUGGAAUCAAAGAAAAGUAAAAAUAGGAAGAAUAGCAAUCUAUGGACCCCAGCUGAUCACCCCACACAGAUUACCCAGGGGUUUGAAUCUCCGUCAGAUCCAGCGACUAACGCGGACAAUACCUCAGAACAAGAGGUCUCCAUUAGUGACUUAGAGAAUGAAAGUCCAAAGAAUAGAAAUAAAGAGACACUGAUUGAAGUGGAAUUUACCAACGAUGAAGACUGCACUCAAAAUAAUGUUAUAAAUAGCAUUUUGUCCAGUUCUAAUGAUGAUGUCAAGCAUAUUAAUAGAAAAAAUGUGAGUUCCGAGGUGACAAUAUUAGCCGAGGUCCAUUCCACUGUUGAGACAAAUAGUAUUGAAGAAAGUGAUGCAAAUAAUUCUGAUAUUGGAAUAACAGUAAAUGAUUCUGAUGAAGGAAAAAUACGGGAGAUAUCUGAUAAAGUUCCACAAGAUGUGACACUGUUACAUUCCGGUGAUGAGCUGCCACAGUGCAUAACUCCAGAACAACUGUCUGAUAUGGACAGCAGACUUUCUGGGACUGAAUCUGAAAUUCAAACAACUGCUGACUCUCACUCUUCUUCUGAACAGCUGAAAGAGAGGCUAGAAUUUCCCGGCGGAGUGUCGUCAGGGUUAGGGGUGUCAUGUGAUGAAAUGAGUGAUGCAGUGGUAGAGGAAAGAGUUCCGCCGAGCUCUGUUGAUAGCAGUAUACGAAGCUCUAAAUACUCCUCAUUUAAAUCCAGUCAGUUUGAUUCUCUCACCAGUGAAAGUACACUUCAAGAAGAAGCCACGUGGUAUCCUGAGCUGGAUGAUCUUCAGGACGCCAUUUUAUAUGUUCAAGGUCACUCUGAUAUUUCGCUACUUCUUCUGUUGGAGAGUUCCAGUGUUCCUGACUAUAAGAUAAUUCAGAGUUUGUGGAAGAAUGCCCUUCCUCAAUUAGCUGACCUGGACAGCUCAUUAAAGGAUGUCUUGAGUGAGGAGCUAGAUGAGAGUUCAUUGGAUGGAUCAUCUUAUCUGAAGUAUGAUUCUUUCUUCAGAAGCCUUUCAGGGAAUGUUUUACAUCCAGUAGCCAGUCAGGAGGAAGAAUUCCAGAGACUAGCAGCAUCCAUCCAUUUAGCAUUCAAAGAGAAUCAGAACAUAUCGGAUAUUCUGUUUCAGUCCCAGUCUGCCAGCUGUCUGGGUCAUAAGAAUGACAGUGAGGAAAUCUAUCUGACUUCUCUGGAAACAGACACCAAGGGAAUAAAAACACCAAGUUCUCCGUCAUCUAUUGACUCAAGUCUACAAUUAAGUAUGUCAACCAAUAAAGUCACGUUUUUAUAGUAUCCCAGUACAUCUCCUGUUCAUUUGAGUUGUCGAUUUUCUCCAUUUCAUACAUGGAACUUUUUGUCUGUUGAUAUGCAUUGUUUUUAUCAGGAAAUCAAUUACAAUUUAUAAUUUUGCUGUUUGUUAAAGUAUAUACUGGUAUUCAUUUCGUAAACAUGUACAUGUGAUAGUGAAUGUAAGGGCCAAAGUGUGAAAAUGUUUCAUUACGAUCUAAUUUACUUAGACAACUGAUGAAAUUUUAUUUACUUGCUCAUCUUGUGUUAUGAAUUUCACUGUGUAUCAAACAGUUGAUACAAACAGCUUUGACAGAAAAAUGUUUUUACAUGUGUGUUCUUGAACAGCUGUAUCCAAGGAUUUUCAAGCCAAAUAUUUUUGUGUGUAAAUUAGAUACUCUUAUUUUAACAUAUCAAGGCUUUAUAUGCAAAUGUCCAAUUAUUUAUUUCUUGUAUAAUCUUUUAGCAAUAAUGCAAAAUGCUGAAAAUAUAACAUUUUCUUUUAAAAUGUUUAUGGUCAAUUAAUACCCCAGUAGUAUUACCA